CUUCUCUCAGUUCGGUGAGUCACCGAGACCGAGAGAGGGAGGGAGAGAGAGAGAGAGAGAGAGACAGUGGCGGAUAGCGAACGGUUAACGGUAAAGCGCUGGAGCUGCGAGUAUGGCGGUCGAAGAGGAAGGUCUUCGGGUUUUUCAGAGUGUCAAAAUAAAAAUCGGAGAAGCCAAGAACAUCCCUCCGUAUCCCGGGCCGAAUAAAAUGCGGGAUUGUUACUGUACAGUGAACCUGGACCAGGAGGAGGUGUUCCGAACCAAGACCAUAGAGAAGUCUUUAUGUCCGUUCUACGGCGAGGACUUUUAUUGUGAAAUCCCGCGCAGUUUCCGCCAUCUCUCCUUCUACAUCUUCGACAGAGACGUGUUCAGGAGGGACUCCAGCAUCGGUAAAGUGGCUGUGAAGAAGGAAGACCUGCAGAAAUACCACGGUAAAGACCACUGGUUCCCACUGCAGCCCGUCUGCGCAGACUCAGAGGUGCAGGGAAAGGUUCACCUGGAGCUGCGUCUCAGUGAGGUCAUCACAGACAGUGGAGUCGUCUGCCACAAGCUGGCAACACGGGUUCUGGAGUGUCAGGAUCUGCCCAUAGUGAACGGCCAGUGUGACCCGUACGCCGCCGUGUCGUUACUCGGACCCUCCAGGUCAGAGGCCAAGAAGACCAAAGUCAAGCGGAAAACCAACAAUCCCCAGUUUGAUGAGGUCUUCUUCUUCGAGGUGACCCGACCGCUGAGCUACACCAAACGACACUUCGACGUGGAGGAGGACGACGUGGACAAGCUGGCGCUCAAGGUGGAUCUGUGGAACGCCAGCAAUCUGAAGUUCGGAGACGAGUUUCUGGGAGAGGUACGGGUUCAGCUGAAGGUUCUGGGACAGUCGGGUGUUCAUGACGCAUGGUACUUCCUGCAGCCCAGAGAUAAUGGGCAUAAAUCUGUGAAGGCUGAUGAGCUGGGCUCGUUACGGCUCAACAUCGUUUACACGGAGGACCACGUGUUCCUCACGGAGCAUUACAACCCGCUCCGGGACCUGCUCCUGCAGUCCGCGCACGCCGAGGUCAGUGAGGUCACGGCAAAGCCCGUGUCGGCGUCGGCGGCUCACAUCUUGGGCGAGGCGUGUCGUGAGAAACAAGAGGCUGCCGUCCCGCUCGUUCGACUCUUCCUGCAUUACGGCAAGAUCGUGCCUUUCCUCAGUGCCAUCGCACACGCAGAGAUCAACCGCACGCAGGAUCCCAACACCAUAUUCCGGGGAAACUCUCUGACGUCUAAAUGCAUCGAUGAGACCAUGAAGCUGGCGGGGAUGCAUUACCUGCGGGUCACGCUCAAGCCCAUCAUCGACGAGAUCUGCAGCGACCACAAGCCGUGCGAGAUCGACCCCGUCAAGCUGAAGGAGUCGGAGAACCUGGACACUAACAGGGAAAACCUGCGCCAGUACGUGGACCGGAUCUUCAGCGCCAUCACGAGCUCGGGUGUGAGCUGCCCCACGGUCAUGUGUGACAUCUUCUUCUCCCUGAGGGAGUCUGCGGCCUCACGCUUCCAGGUGGACCCGGAUGUUCGCUACACGGCCGUCAGUAGCUUCAUCUUCCUCCGCUUCUUCGCUCCGGCGAUCCUGUCCCCGAGCCUCUUCCACCUGCGACCUCAUCACCCGGAUCCCUGCACGUCUCGGACGCUGACGCUCAUUUCCAAAACCAUCCAAACUCUGGGAAGCCUGGCCAAGUCCAAAUCUGCCAAUUUCAAAGAGUCCUACAUGGCCGCAUUCUACGACUACUUCAAUGAACAGAAGUACGCUGAUGCGGUGAAGAACUUCCUGGAUCUGAUAUCGUCCUCGGCUCGGUGGGAUCAGAAGAGCAUCGAGACGCCCAUCAUGCUGAAGGAAGGGAGCGUUAAACUCGUUAUUAAGAGUUUUGACGCCAAGGGCUCUGGCAGGUUCAUGAUCAAGCGAGCUCAAGGGCGAAACCGCUUCGGUCUGAAGAACUUCAAGAAGAGAUGGUUCCGGCUCACCAACCACGAGUUCACCUACCAUAAAACCAAAGGUAACGUCAAAGGAGAGGGCGCUCUCUGCAGCAUCCCUAUAGAAAACAUCCUGGCUGUGGAGAGACUCGAGGAAGAGUCCUUCAAGAUGAAGAACAUGUUCCAGGUCAUCCAGCCAGAGAGGGCGCUCUACAUCCAGGCUAAUAACUGCGUUGAGGCUCGCGACUGGAUCGACAUCUUGACCAAAGUCAGUCAGUGUAACCGCAAGCGCUUGAGCACGUUCCACCCGUCGGCGUUCCUCAACGGACACUGGCUGUGCUGCAAGCUCUCGGCGGACGCGGCGCCCGGCUGCACGCCCUGCACGGGGGGUCUGCCCGCCAACAUCCAGCUGGACGUGGAUGGAGACCGAGAGACUGAGAGGAUCUACUCGCUCUACAGCACAUACAUGUCCAAACUGGUGAAGAUGCAGGAGGCGUGCGGCAGUAAGUCGGUGUACGACGGGCCUGAGCAGGAGGAGUACUCCACGUUCGUGAUCGACGACCCGCAGGAGACGUAUAAAACGCUGCGGCUCGUCAUCUCGGCCGUGCAGACGCUGGAGCAGCAGCACACGCAGUACAAGCGCGACAAGUUCAGGAAGACCAAGUACGGCAGCCAGGAACAUCCAAUCGGUGACCAGAGCUUCCAGUGCUACGUCCGCCAGCAGUCAGAAAGCUCCACCUACUCCAUCUGACCACGCCCACCGUCUCCGUGGCGACAGUUGUGACGGACAGAACGGCGGCCGCAGACGAAAGCUAGAACUCUGGUGUUUAUAUACGAGAACCGGACGCCGGCUUCCUCUGGACAUGCGUCACGCGCGACUGGACGAUGUAGCUCCGCCUCACGCGCGCGUUUUAACAUUUUAUGAAGGCGAUGACACGUCCUCUAGUUGUGGAUGCUUUUAUAACGGUCUUCGGGACCACAAUCCUUUGCGUUCACAGGGUGUUUUUAACUGGUGUAACUAGCUGAUGGGAAAUAUCGUGCUCUGUCUCUGCCCGUUCAGACGUGUCCAGUAUUGAUUCCCCUUUCGCUAGCAGCUGAAGAAGUGCUGCAUUGUGGGAAGCGUGUGUGUCGGAGCAUGCCAGACGUCCUCAUCCCAGCAUGUGACACGGUUUGUGGGUCCAGUUGUGUGUGUGUUCAGCAUCACAUGAACGUCUCCGCUGGAUAUUUGUGUUUUUAUACUUCCUGUUGUGUGUCACGUCCUGUAGGAACGUGUUUUAAAUUCACUGUGUGUGUGUGUGUGUGUGCAACUGAAGCGAGCACGCAUGAGUGUGUUUUACUGAUUAAUAAUGAAUAAUGACUCAAACUAUUGAUAUGGAUGUGAAUAUUUUGAUGCAUUUGGUAAAAACCGGUGUCACGUGUCCUGGUCAUAUUUCACCCUUAAAUCAAAAGAAUAUAUAUAAAUAUUAUAGACAUAUACAUUAUAAGAUGAAUAGCUUGUAUUCCUCAUUUGCAACUUUAGAUAAAAGUGUCUGCUAAAUGAACAAAAUGGAAAUGUGUGUGUGUAAAUAUAUAUAUAUAUAUAUAUUUUUAUAUUUAUUUAUAUAUGUAUACACAUAUUUUAAUAUUUACAUAAUUAGUAAAGAAACUCAAAGCCAUUUUCUGGCAUUCUGACUAUUUUGAAGACAAUUAAACGCAUUCAAAUUCACAUUAUUCAAAUAUUUUUCACAGUAGUUUAACAAAAUAGCAAUGCUUUAUUUUCUGUACGGGGAAAUCAUUUCUCAUUUUCUUAUGAUUUGGGGUGAAAUAUGCGCUGGAGAUUCAGGCUUCUGUGUCCGCAGACGUUAGUGUAGAGUUGUAUUUUUGCUCACACUCGAGUUAUUGUGUUUCUGUACAUCCUUCAGUCACGCAUGUUUCAGUAAUUCUGCAUUUCAGACCCCAAAUUAAUUGCUAUUUAUUUUUAUAUCACAGAAUAAUGCUUUUGUGAAGAGAAAAAACCCUGAAAAUAAUCCAAACGCACAGAAUGAAGUAUGCAAUAAUGUCACUUAUGAGCAAUUCUGGAGUGAGUGUGUGUGUGUGUGUGAUGUGUGCUCGUGUGUACAGACCAACUGAGUAAACCAGACACACAUUUCUUUAUUCCAAAUGAAGGCAAUAGCAAAGA